AUGAUAGGACUUUUUCUUUUAAUCAAUAAAUCAAUAGGAUGUACAAUCCCUUCAUUUUCAAAUCUAACUGUUCAAUCAAAUUUUAGUCUACAAAAUUUUCUUGGUAUAUGGUACGAAAUAAAAUGGUUAUCAAAUGAAUAUCAUAAUGAAUCUGAUAUAUGGCGUGAUUAUUCUCAAUCAUUUGAAUUAGGAAAUAAUGUUAGUCAACGCCUUCUUGUUUUCGGUAAAGCCCGAUUAAUUAACCAAGAAAAAUGUUUUUCAUUUGGUCCAUGGUCAAUUCUUGCAAAUAAUGGUGCGAAAAUGAUUCUUGAAACAAAAAAUCUCAAUAGUAGUACUAAACUUAAUUGGCCUUAUUUUGUUUUAAAAACCGAUUAUAAUCAUUAUGCAUUAAUUUAUACGUGUAUGUCAGAAAAUUAUACACAAAAUAAUCCAUGCAAAGAAUCAGUAGUCUGGGUACUUAGUCGGAUAAAAUCUUUAUCAAAUGAAUCAUUAAAUGAACUUGAUAAUUAUAUUGCAAAUAUUUUAUGUAUUAAUAUAACAAAACUUGAAACAACUCCACAGGGCGAAAAAUCAUGCUAUGUAUCAUCAUCAUUAGGAUUACAACUGGAAAAAGAAGAUCGACAAGCGAUAAGAAAAGAAGAUUUUAUUCUUGAUAAACUCAAUAAUGAAACAAUAUAUCAAUUACCAGGUUUAAUUAAUGAACAACAAUUUAUAGAUCAUACAGAUCAAAUACAAGUAGAUGAUUGUACUAAUUGUCGAAUAUUAAUAGGACCUGUUCAUGGAAGUAUUUUUAUUCGAGAUUCAACAAAUUGUAUAUUAGCAACAGUGUGUCAACUAAUUAUUGAAUCAUCACUUUAUAUUAGAUUUGGAUGUUUAACAUUAAGUUAUUAUAAGAAUAUAUUAUUUGUGGAGCAAUAUAAAGCGGCUGAUGUUAGUCCAUGGAAUAAUACUUGGGGUAAUAUUCAUGAUUUUACAUCAAUUCCUGGUGCAAAUAAUUAUUCAUUACUUGAUCCAAAUGAAAAUUUAUUUAAAUAUUUACCAAUUCCAUUGGAUCCAUCAUGUAGUCAUUUGAAUAUAAAUGAUAAUAUGGAAACAAGUAUAACACCUUUUACUUAUGGAGAAUUAUAUCGUAAUAGAAAUGAAGAACGUUGUUUAGUAGUAUUUUUUCAUCAUUCAAAUGCUGAUUCUUGUGCUCGAGAAUUAAUUGCAAUGACAAAACAAUCACAACUUGUAUUGGUUCAAACAAAAUGUUAUUUAAUAAAUGAAAUGAGUGCUUCACGAUUAUUUUCAGGAAAUUCAGCAUAUAAUUCGUUAGUUACAAAAGGUCCUGUUAUAGGACUUGAAUUUGCUGGUACAAAUUGUGUACAAAUAUGUCAACAAUUACUUAAUGAUUUCAUCAAAUUGAAAUAUCAAAAUUUACCUUAUUUUACUAGUCAAUCAGCAACAGAUGCUCAUGAACAACUUGAUAAAUUUUACAAUUUUGCAAGUAUGCAAAUGUUUGCAUAA